GGAGGGGGCGGGAGGCGGCCGGGCUUGGCUCGCCGCCGCCUGAGGCUGCACCUGCCCCGGAGGAUGCCCAGGACCCCGCCGGCGCCUCUCCGGAUCAGAACUUUUUAGCUGCCUGCCCCCAUCCCUGCAGUCCCUGGGCCGCGCACCGGCAGACGGGGGCCGAGGGGGCGCCGCCGCGCGAGUGCCCCUCCUGUCCCCCCGCCCCCCUUGGCUCGGCCGCCCGCCGCUUUGUUCCGGGCGCGCGGAGGGAAGGCGAGGCUGCGGCGGAUCAUGCCCAUGGUGUAGCCGCGAAGCGGAGGCAUGGCUGCCGGAAGGUUACUGCUCUACACGGGCCUCUCGCUAGCGCUCUGCGCCCUCGGCAUGCUGGCGGUGGCCAUCUGCUCGGACCACUGGUACGAGACGGACGCCAGGAAGCACAGGGACAGGUGCAAGGCCUUCAACACCCGCCGGGUCGACCCUGGCUUCAUUUACAACAACAACAACAACUUGCCGCUCCGGGCGAGCCGCUCGCGCCUGGACCGCUGGGAGGGCAAACUCCUCCGGGCCCGGAAUCGCCGGCAGCUCUUCGCCAUGAGCCCCGCUGACGAGUGCAGCCGGCAGUACAACUCCACCAACAUGGGUCUCUGGAGGAAGUGCCACCGGCAGGGCUUCGACCCCGAGAUCGCCGCCCUCAUUCGGAAAGGAGAAAUUGAGCGAUGCACGUACAUCAAGUACCACUACUCCUCAGCCACCAUCCCCAGGAACCUCACCUUCAACAUCACGAAGACCAUCCGUCAGGAUGAGUGGCACGCCCUGCACCUGCGCAGGAUGACGGCCGGCUUCAUGGGCAUGGCGGUGGCCAUCAUCCUCUUCGGCUGGAUCAUCGGCGUGCUGGGCUGCUGCUGGGACCGAGGCCUUAUGCAGUAUGUGGCAGGGCUUCUCUUCCUCAUGGGAGGAACCUUCUGCAUCAUUUCACUGUGCACCUGUGUGGCUGGGAUCAACUUUGAGCUGUCACGCUACCCACGCUACCUGUAUGGACUCCCCGAUGACAUCAGCCAUGGCUAUGGAUGGUCCAUGUUCUGUGCGUGGGGUGGCCUGGGCCUCACACUCAUCUCGGGAUUCUUCUGCACCUUGGCCCCUUCUGUCCAACCUGUCCCGAGGACCAACUACCCUAAAUCCAGACCCGAGAAUGGGACAGUGUGCUAAAAAACAAACCCAUACCCAUAUAUAUAUAUAAAUAUAUAUAUAAUAUACAUAUAUAAAAGAAAACUAAAUCAAGCUGAUGCCAGUGCCAAGGUAGCGUUGAGUUGGCUCAGGCAUCCGCAUCUCGUCGGACUUUGUGUUGCCUCAUCACUGAGGUGGAGAAGUGUUCCCAUCCUGUGGCUCUUCCGUCAGUUCUUGACUUUUGGCUCCAUGGUUUCUUGAAGACAGAAUGAACAUCACCACUGGCGAUAGUGUCCUGAUUCCAUCACUCACAAGGAUGGGGUGGUGGGCUGGGAGGGGACAGUGCCAGUGGUCUGAAGUGGCACAGAUGUAGAGAAGGAAGUGCCAUCCACUGGGCCGACAGGAGAGGACGCCACCCCAACACUGAUCAUAUCACAGAGAAACAAAGCCCUUAGUUCAUAGAAUGUAACCAAAUCUUUGAGGCCAUUUGCAGAACCACGUCUUCACCUGCUCCUUCCUGUUCCAAUUUCCUUCCUGGCCCACCGACGACACACAAGAAGUGGAAGAGAAAACAAACAGAAGGAAGUUUUCUCUUUGCUGCCAAACUUUUGGACAAAGUUUUAGAGGUGGGAAGGGGGAGAGAACAACAUGCUGAGAAGCAAGAUCUGCAUCAAUAAGAGGACACUUCAGUGGAUGCUCAGAAAACCCAGUCGUACCUUCCAGCUGCCUUAUACCCAGUAAACAAGAGGCCGCCCCUCCCCCACCCACACUCCCUGGGCAGAUGGAGCCUUGGAGUAACGCUGUGAUGUGCGUGUGCAUGUGUGUGACCACUCCAGGUGGUUUCCUUUUUUUCUUUUUACCUUUUAAAUGGAAAUACUGCAUUUUGACUGUUGUCUCUCUGUCACUUGCGGUAGUUUCAUGGCCCAGGAUGGAGGCCCUGAGACCUAGGAAGUAUAAUGAAGGGCAGGCCUAGAUGGGUGCCAGUUUUGCAGCUUCAGAUCCCUGGAGUGUGUGUGUGCGGUGGAUGUUUGCUGAGUGUGGGGUUUUAUCGUUUGUGUUGCAUUUUUCUGUUAUUUUUAGUACAGCUGAAAUUCCCAGAGGGCAGAACUAAGAACAAAACCACUGGGCCAGAGGACCCUGUGGUUCUUCACAUCAUGGUUCUGGGACGCCUCAGGAUUUAGUCCUCUAAUUUUGGAAGUUCAAGACACAGCUGGGGACAAAAGUCAUGAGAGAAGAGGGGGAACACAGUUCAGAAGGGAGAAGGAAUGUCGCCUCUGUUGCUGUUGUCCAAGUACGUAUACCAAACAAGACCUUUCACUCCCCAUCAUGGAAGCUGUCCUUUGUCACUGGACAUCCACCCCUUUCCUAGGGUGACCUCUGUACAGAUGAAAGAAAAUGGGGCACAUGCAGAGAGAACACUUCCAUGUCCCAUGGGCUCGAGUUUGUAUGAUAUUGUGUAAAUUAAUGGAGAACUCUUGACUCUUUCCAUCCUCUUCCUUUCCUCUUGAUAUUCAAGGCCAUGAAUCCCAAAAUAGCUGUCUUAGUGGCUAGCACCCAAACAGAGGUGGCAUGAAUCUACCCAGUGUCUCAGGCUCAUUUGAGCAAAUUGGCAUUGCCAGUGUUGGUGAACUACAAAGUCACCCAGAGAGUUGUGAAAGCCGUUAGGGACAGGAGUCUGCCAGAAAGAGUGGGCAGGAGCAGCUGAUGGUCACCUCAGUGACCCUGCUGGGGCUGAGCAGCCCUGGGGAGGCAAGAGAGACUCCCCAAGCUGAACAGGCAAGGGUCAACCAUGGAGCCGAGAAUUCAGUUGCUUCAUAAAUAAAUAUGCUUUGGGAACUUUGCCAACCACUCAGUAGCCUUCCUUCCCACCCACGCAUUCUGUUUCAUCUCCCUAUCUUCUAACCAUCUUCCUACCAGUCUCCACAUUUUCUCACCUACUAACCACUACCUUCUCCCUCUUCCAUUCGCUAGGCUACAGGUACUGCCUGUCUCUUCAUCUGCUCUUUCUGUGUGUGUAAUGCACAUCGGAAAGGACGUCUGAUACGCAUGAGUGGGCUUGAAUGUGGGUUUCUGCGUGCGUGUAUCUCUCUGGUGCUUUUUGUGUGUGUUUGUGUCAAUAUGUCCCUGGAGGCAGGAGUGGGUAUCUUACCCAAGGACUUCCUUGCCAACGACACUGGUCAGCUUCUGCAAAAGGUGUUGUGUAUGGGUGUGCUAGGUGUGAGGGGUGAGGUGUGUAGCAGGAAAUGCAAUUAGCUUCCAAUUGAGGUUCUAGGAUUAUUUUUAAAACAAAGGAUUUAUUCUAUGAGAAGGGGAAUAAUUUCAGGAAAACUCAGUUUUUCAAUUGUACAGAGAAUUUUUAAAAUUUUUCUUUGAAAAGUUAGGGAAAGGGCAUACUGGGGCUUGAGGAGAAGUCUCUCAGAUUGAGAGGGCUUGUGUCUUCCUUCCAAGCAUCUUGAAUGGGCUCUGCCUAGCAGAGGCUUGCAGGUGUCCAUGAGUCUCCCUCUGGGGCAGAAGGCUUGUCUGUGACCAGACCCAAAUUCUAGCUGUUUACCAGUUGCAUGAAAGUGGGGAAAAAAAUUCCAAAUGGGGCAAUUUGGUGUCAAUAAUUUAAACUUAAGUAACCAUGUUUAAGGACACUGCCUCACAGACCUAUCAUUAUGUAUGUCCUCUUUUUUUAACCCAUGCUUGCCAUAAAUAGAUCAUCCACUCUAUCCAGCUACUAAUCUUUGUGAUGGACCUUUAACACAACUUAUUGCAUUCUUUUGAAACCUUCCUGAAGUGUUAGGAGGACUCCUGGGAAAGAAGUGAAUCACCUGGGCUCCAUCAGCAUUAGCAGAGCCAGAGCUUUGAGCUGCUGUUUUUGGUUGUGGGGCCAGAUAGGUACAAAUGCACACUGGGGUCUGAUCUUGCUUGGGGCCAAAAACAGCCCAGCCACAUGGCCAGGAUGGAAGGCCUAGUCAGAUGUCAAGUCCUGGCCAGUGGGAGAAUUGCCCCGGUAACCUUGAUUCCUCCAGCAUAGGGGCUUGAUCCCAGAUUAAGAGAUGCCACCCAAGCCGUUACUGACACUUCGUGCUAUGAGGUGGUUGAGGAAGAGAAGGAAGAGAGGGAGGAGAAGGAAGAGGGGACCCUGGACCUGCGAGACUCUUUAGGUCAGACUCUACUAACUCCCGAGUAGAACCCAACCUUCUGAUGAGAUUUACGGUCAGCAGCCUCACUAAAGCCCCCAGCCCCCACCCCAGGUCAAGUUCAAAUUCCUCACAGGUGUGUUCAUGCAAGAUUUAUGACUACGUAUGUGUUUUGAGCUCCAUGCGGGUCAGCCUUGAGCAUGGGGCCCAUUUAAAUUUUUACUCCCUUCUGUACGCUACAAGAUUGGGGAUUCAGAAAAGUGGGGUGUCUGCCUGGAAAAAAAUCCUAUUUCUUUAUUUCCCCAUUUUGAGAGUUUUGGUUUAUUCUUCUGUUUCCUUUUCAUCUCUCCAUUCCUACUUUCUUCCUACAUCAACUUGGGUUAAUUAAAAUAGUUAAGAAAUUCGUCUCUAGAGAGGCUCAUGUACUCCAAGUGGUCCCCUUCCUUGUUCGUUGUGACUGGUAGGUUUCACAAGGAGGUCUGUGGCUCCCUGGCAUCAAAAUUUUUUAAAAGUGCCUGUUCCACCUUCAGCCCUCCCAUAAACUCCAGCCUUUCAACAACUCUACCCUUUCAACUUCGGGGAUUGUGAAGUCACAAAGACUUGACAACUCCACCAAAUCAAGACAAAGCCUUCCUCAAUCUCAUGUCCAUAUGCAGCCCCCUGGGCCCCAGUACAUUUUGGUAUAAUCUCUUGUUGGGGAUAAAGGAAGAAGAUAUUCUGAGACUCCAAGACUGCGCCCUACAUCUUAAUACACAUCCACAGUCAUGAUAAGAGGUCUAAAAUGAAUGUACCAUGUGCAAUUGUCCUGAUUUAGUGAGAGGAGGUGCUAAAGCUGGCCACCCGAGUCAGAUUCAGAAUAAUGAAAUCAAGUACAUCACCCAGAGGCAUUUAGAAUCAACUCUGUCUUCACCUGGCUUAUUCUGAAAGCGUUAAUUAAUUUUCAAGUAUCUGAGGGGAAGGAGUGAGAAGAAAUACACUAUGGUCAUCUUUGGUAUGGUUUGUGUGAGAUGCUUGGUUGAUUCUUGUAGCUACAGUGAAGCUGUUUUUCUGAGCAUGUUCCCUCUGCUCCAGAGACUAACCAUUCCCAGUGGACAUGUCCAGCCCUUUCCAGGGAAAUAUGAUGAGUCAUAGUGAGCGGUGAUUUCAUCACAGAUAGAAAUAAUUGGUGCACAGCCAAGUUGGCUAUGUGCUGUCUUGUAGCUGGUAUAUGCUAGAGUAGGGGGACAGAUUUUUAAACAAGACCACUUGAGUUGAUGGACACAAAAGAUUCAGGUGUUCCUCAAAACAGUCAACUUGGUGGGCUGUGUUUAUCCUCUUUCCAUUGAUGCCGCCAUGGUGCAAAAUGUUCCUUAAGCGUUAUUGUUACUUCUUAGACUACAUCAUUAUUGGUAUUGGAUUUUUUUCCUGAAUAGUGUGUGCUCAUUAUAGAAAAUUAGGAAAAUAAAAUACAAAAAGAACUAAAAGAUUGUUCAUAAUUCCAUUGCUCUGAGACAUCAUAAUGGUCAUAACCCCAAAACUUCCCCAGUCAGUGGUUGCCUCUUGGUUGGCAGGUGGGGCUAGGAGGGCAGUCCAUGGCUGUAGAGCCACAGCAAUCUGCAUGGAGUUGACCCUGUGUUCAUGGCAGCAGGAGCAUGGGACUCUGAGCCUCCAAAGAUAGCCAAGAGGUCUUUCUAAAAGUUCAGUGCCAGAGUUUAGGGGCAGGGAUGGAACAGAGCUAAAAGAUUCCUACUUUAGGGUUUCUUUUGUACUUCUUUCUUUUUAUUUCUUUUUUUUUUUUUUGAGUGCCAUCUUGAUCUAAUUAUAGGUGUAAGAGCACUGAAGCCAGAGUAACUCACUAAUUAAGCUAUACUUGUAUAAUGCAGUUACUGUACAUUUUAUUUCAGCUCUGCACUAAAAUGAUUUGUGACUCUGGGCACUGUGUCUUCUCCAUACUUGAACUUCCUCAUCCACGAAAUGAGGAUAGUGAUAACACUUUUACCUCAUGGUAUAUUAAGGGUACAAAGAAAUUGCAAAGUGAUUUGCAAACAUGAAGUGUCGUAUAAAUUAUGCACUGUUCAAAUUAUCCUGCAGCAGCAGAGCCUCCACGAAUGGAACUCUUCUAUAUGGUUUCUGUGCCUCACUGCUGACAGGAUGAUCCAGAGUCAGAGGUCAUCUUGGCCUCUGAACAGGACUGUACCUAUCCAACUUAGGCACAUGGGAUUCUAUUCUAUCCUUCAGCUCCCUCACAGAAACUGGCUCCUUAAUUUACCCAUCCCCAGGCUUCCUUCCUUUUGUCCAAAGCCAAUUUUGCAAAGGGCACUCUUAAUCCCCCUUGGUUAUUCCCAGAGGUGAUGGAAUGAGUAAACCAUAUGGGACAAAUAGCAUAAAUGAGCUAAACCAGUUAACUAUUAACCAAGGCACAUGGUCAAUGCCUUAUUGUUGUUGUUGUUGUUUUUACCAUCUUUCUGAUAUUAUUUCUAGCUGUACUUGCCCAAGUGGUGGGAGCAAAUCAGAUUCUGAAACAUUUUAAUGGUCUUUUAAGUUUAAGAUGAGAACAAGUUUCAAGGAACUUUGGAAUCUUCUUUUUCAUAAAGCAGAUGGCUUCAUCUAAAGCGUAUGGGUUCUUAUAGGAAGUCUUUUGGGUGGUGCAUGCACUAUAAGAUGUUCUGGGUGUGCUCCUGUUUGGGAAAAACUGAAUCCUAGGUUCUAAACAGGAAAAGAAUGCACUUCCAAAAGGGUCUGCGCACUUUCUGCUUUGCAGGGGAUCAGGUUUCAAUGUUAUAGUGAGACUUUCUUUAAGGGAAGUCCAAGUCAUUGCUACCUGUGUAGAUAGAGCCUGGCCAGGAAUGAGGGAACUACCCAACUGUAGGGGUGUUUGUUCACUAUUGAGAAACAAAACUGGGUGGAAGCAUGCGGGUUGUGCAGCAGUAGCUCAAACCUGGCCUCACUUUAACAGACACCAACCUCAGCAAUUGCAACUCCUAUUCUUCAUUUCCAAGGAUGGGGUGUUGCUCCUUGGGAAACUCUGAGUCCCUCUCUCCUCUCUUGUCUCCUAUUUCUCUCUCUGGCUAAGCCUUUCCUCUCUUCUCCGGGUCACCUAUAGACCCUUUCUAGCCUGAAUGUAUCGGUGUGUCUGUGUUGCUGUGAACGUGAUGCUGCCUUUCACAUAAAGAGCUUUCACUAACUCACGCUCAUACUCCUUUCCCAUUUCCACCCAUGGUGUGACUGUUUUGCUAUUCAAGACUAUCUGUAAAAAUGUACAAAUAAAAGCAGAAACUGAAAAUAAGAGGGAGGGAAUUGGAGACUAAACACAUGCAUUGAUGUAGCCCUCAGUUUUCUGAGGACUUACAUGGACUGCCCUAAAAUCCUGACUCUGGGGGGGGAUUUGAAGGGAGGGUAGCCAUUGGCACAGGAGUUUUUUUCUGGUUGUUUCUCUGACAGUCACUAGUGUCUGCUUGGAACUCUCUUUUCAAAAAUGUAUUUUCCAAAAAGUAAAAGGAAGUCAUCAAAGUCUGAAGGGUGAAGGUCAUCGUGAAGGUGAACACAAAGACCUGAUCCUGGGUCACAUCAGUUAGCUUUGUCACUGGCCCAUCUGGUGCCUCUAGCGAGUUUGUUACCUUACCAUAUCUGUGUCCUCUCAGCCAAACAGGGACCUGGGGGGCUUCCAGGGCUCCUGGGGCACCAAGUCUCCUUGGCCAUUCUGCUGCUACUUUAAGGGAGGCUUUGAGCCCAGGCUGGUGUGUGCUUACUGCAUGGAGGUACCUUUGGAGAGCUCCUCCUCCCUGCUCCUCUCGCCCCACUCUUUCACUCCUCAGAACGUAACCUCAAGCUAACAGCCAGUUUGUGCUCAGAGUCCAAAGCCUUUGAUCUACCUUUUCAUUCUCAGAUGCCUUUUCCCACCCACUUGGACGAUCUCAUUUUACUAUUGUUUCUGACAGAGCUUUGCUGUGCUGGGGUAGGAGAAAGAGUAUCAAAGGAGAAGAUGCAUGUGAAUUGCUUUGUAAUCUAUGGCUCACUAUACAGACCUAGCUUGUGAUAACAGAAGCAGGGAGGCUGGCCCAGGGAUGCCAUCAAAUCAGAAUGAAGAAAGCACUGGCAGGUGGUGGGGUAGAGGCAGUGGGCAGCAGAUGUGGGUUGGCAGUGGAGGUAAGAUAAAGAAAUCUUUUGGAAGGGGAAAUGGGAGAAUCACAGAGCAUCCUCAGCAUGGCAGCAGGGAAGGAACCCCAAAAGGCAGGGCACCCUGAAGUAAGAGGAAGUAGGAAAGAGGAGCAGAGGUGGGUAAUCCUAUAGCACAAAGAGCUGCCUCCCCCCAGGACUGAGAAGACUAGCUGCCCCGGGGUGGGUGGGUUGGGGGAUUCACACAAAGCUUGGCCAGUAACCUGACCCUGCCCACUCUGUGGCACCUUCAAUCCAAACCUCCCUCCUCUUUGAUGGCCAACAGUGAUCAUCUCUGGGACCAGCUUCAAGAAGCCAGUGUAGACCAGUGCUGUCCAACAGAGAGAGAAUGCAAGCCACGUAUGCAAUUUUAAAUAUCCUAGUAGUUUCAUUUUUAAAAGUCCAAAGAAACAGAAGAAGUUAAUUUUAACACAUAUUUUAACCCAAGAUAUCAAAAAUAUUAUCAUUUCAACAUGGCAUCAAUAUAAAAAACGACUGAAAUACUUUACGUUCUUUUUUUCUUCAAGAUCCAAUGUGAAUUUUGUUCUUAGAAAACAUCUCAAUUUAGACCAGCCACAUUUCCAGUGUUCAAUAACCACAUGUGGCUAUUGGCUACCGUAUAGGACAGCAAAGAUUUGGGAUCCCCCUCACCCACGAGUUACUCAGAUCUCCCAGCUGACAGAGGCUGGAGGUUGGUGUUGGCCCAGAGUAGAAAGCACAGGAGUCAUGUCCAGGCUGCCUUCCUGGCCUCUGGAAGUUCUGCUUCACCUGCUUAAUCAGAGGAGAGGACCACUGCUUGUCAAAUACAUGUCACAUCCGCCCCAGAGGGUGUCAGCACUGCCCCUGGGAAUGGCACCAAUGACCUGUCAAAGUUCUCGAGGCCAAAGCAGGUCGCUUUCAUUAACUACAGGAGCAUCAACUUAUCCCUUGUCCAGAUGCCCUUUAUCUUACAGUGGGGAGGGGUUCAGACAGGCCUUCUCUUGGUCAAGAGUAGAGAGCUCCACAACCUUUUGCCAUCUGGUCCAGUCACCUGCUAAUAGCAUCUCACCAAUAUUUGGAGCUGUUUUUUCAAUCCCUUAAUUUCUUUAAAUUUAUAUCUUAAAGUCAAUUCUAAAAGGGAAUACGCUAGGAAGGGCAGUGGCCACAGGCAGACUGGGUCUUCUAGGAGGCGGCAGUGAGAAGCCUGUCCCUUGCACUGGGACUCGGUCCAUCAUUGCCUACCUCUCCUCCCUGUCCGGAGACCUUUCUUAGACUUGAAGAAACCUCUUUUGUUUGGGAAAAAGACAAGUAGUGAGAUCUUAGUGCAGAGAACAGAAUAAAUGCAAGCAAACAACCCCUGGGCAUUCUCAAAGCCUUUCAAAGAGCCAGUGUGACAAAGUUUGACUCAUUUAAAAUAUGAUAUUCUGAGCCCUGUGUUACCAAGCGAAAGAAAAUGAGUCUAUUUGGUGAGUAUGUCAUUAGACAGGGACCAUAGCCGACAAAACUCUCCAACACCUGGAGUAUUUAUGGUCCACCAGAUUAUUGCUCAGUCAAUAUAAAUUUAUUUACCAUUAAUUUGCAUAGUGCUUUCUGAUUGGUUAGAUGAGGAGUGGUGUGUACUGCAGGAUUCCAACAACACCUCUGCCCUCGGAGGUAGCAAUUCCUGUGGUUAUUGGUGCUAAAAUAAGAUUAAAUAUUAUGUUAAUUUGUUCUGAUACGAUGUGAAUAAAUGUAUUGUUUAAUCUUAACAAGAAUGCUACAUCUUAUCAGAUCUAUCGUACUGUCUGUUUUUUCUCAUAAUUAAUUAAUUACAGGAAAGGUGAUCCAAACCAGAUCUUGAAACUAUUGUGCUAUUCUGAGAGGUGAAUUUAACAGGGAAGGGGGUGGGGGGAUGAAAAGGGAAAUUGCCAGGUUCCUGUGACUUUGCAAGGACUGAGGAAGCAGAGAGCAUUUGGGGACUUCACUGACACUGACUGCAUCUUGCAAUUUUCUUUUUCAAAUUGGCAGAAAUAUUGUAUUUCCAUCGAUUGAAGAAAAAAAGUGUCUGGUAAUUAAUUAAAUGACUUGUUCAUGGAAAAAAUAAAAAUAAAUAAUCUGUCAGUUGUGGAAUGUAAACUGAUUAAACAAUUAAAUAAAGAAGAUCAUGU